UCCUGGACAAAAGCGGUGCGCGGGGGUUCUAGGGUUUAGUGAUCGCGAGCCGUGCUGUCACCGGUAGCCUCUCCUCCCCUCCUCUUCAGCUUGUUCUCCGCGGCGGCGGCGUGGAGCGGAGCCGGAGGGAGAAGAUGGUGGCGGUGAUCAGGGUGCCCAAGACCAAGCGCGCCAGGCGGGAGCUCCUCAAGCACGCGCCCAAGCUCGUUGAGACCGGCAAAAAGACGCUGGUCCUCCAUGGUACCAAGACUAGUGCUGUGUUGAACUCUGUGUUGUCAGAUAUUUACCACCUGAAGCGUGAUAAUGCUGUGAAGUUCACCAAGAAGAAUGACAGCAUUAGACCUUUUGAAAGUGGUGGAGAAUCUUCUUUGGAGUUUUUCUCCCUCAAGACAGACUGCAGCCUUAUAGUGUAUGGUUCUCAUUCCAAAAAGAGACCCAACAAUCUGAUUUUGGGAAGGACGUAUGACCACCACAUAUAUGACCUUGUUGAAGUAGGAGUUGAGAACUACAAAUCGAUGGAAUCUUAUGUUUAUGAUAAGAAGCUGGCGCCGAAACUUGGAUCAAAGCCUUUCUUUGCCUUCAUAGGAGAACAUUUUGAGAGCUCGGAAGACCUGAAGCAUUUGAAAGAAGUGCUGCUUGAUCUUUUCAGAGGAGAGGUUGUAGAGAAUCUAAACCUUGCGGGUGUAGAUCGGAUCUAUGUGUGCACAGCAAUCUCUCCUACUACUGUCUACAUGAUGCACUGUGCCCUCCGCCUGAAAAGGUCAGGCACACCUAUUCCUAGAAUGGAGCUGGUUGAAGUUGGACCUUCAAUGAAUCUGGUAGUUAGGAGGCAUAGGCUUCCUGUUGAAAGUUUGAAGAAGGAAGCUAUGAAGACUGCUGAACAUGCUAAGAAGAUGAAGAAUGUCACCAAGGAUCCAGUGCAGGGCAAGCUGGGCAAGGUCUACAUGCCAGACCAGCAGGUUGGAAAGUUGGCCUUGUCGAACGACAUAAAGGGACUGAAGAGGGAGCGCCGUGAGGCCAAGAAAAACAAAGAACACUCAAAGAAGCAAAAAGUCAACCCCGAGUAAAAAACAGAUAUUUGUUUUUUUGUCUUGGGUACUGGACAGACUAAGAACUUUUGCUUGUAACUGUUCCCAGCCGCUGUAUUAGCCAAGUGUAAACCGCUUGCUGUUAGAUUGGGUGGUAAAUAGUUUAGUGCCAUUUUCGUAUGCUAAAGACCAUUGUGGUGACUCGCGAACUCACUACGUCACACAUAUGCAAUGAAAGUUUUGAGCCAUGGUAUUCCUGAA